AUGUCCACCGCCUCGUUCCAGAGCCUCCGGGCCAAGUACGGGACUGCGUUGAAACAAUUUAUCCAAUCGACCCGCAACUUCGAGGUUCUGGGCUCUGUCUCACUCUCCCCCGAGCGAUCCCACUCUUCUCCCCCGCAGGUGCUGUACGUGCUGGAUUCCUCUUUUAACCCCCCGACCCUGGCCCAUCGCCGCAUCGCCAGCUCCGCUUUACUAGAGAAUCCCGACCGCCCGUCUCGGCUCUUACUGCUGCUGGCCACGCAGAAUGCGGACAAGCCAUCAAAACCGGCCGGGUUCGAGGACCGUCUGGCGAUGAUGGAGCUGUUUGCUCGGUAUCUCAUCUCUUACACGGAGAGCCUCCUACCGGCCCCGGACCGGCAGUCUCUCCCCGACGUCGACAUCGGGGUCACCAAGAAGCCGUACUUCGUCGACAAAGCGGCCGACAUUGACGCGGCGGGCGUCUACCCCGCGUCGCUCGAGCAGAUCCAUCUGACGGGCUUCGACACGCUGAUCCGCAUCUUCAACCCCAAGUACUAUCCGCCCACGCAUACGCUGCAACCUCUGGGACCGUUCCUCUCGCAGCAUCGCCUGCGCGUGACCUUGCGCCCGGAUAGCGACUGGGGGAGUCGCGAGGAGCAGGAGGCCUACCUUCGCACGCUGGCCCAGGGCGGUCGCGAGCAGGAGGGCGGGAAGCGUGAAUGGGCCGACCGCAUCCACCUGGUAGAAGGCAAGAAGCCGGAGGAGCGUUCGGUGAGUUCGACCAAGGCUCGCGAGGCCGUGGAGUCCAACAAUCCGCAGGAUCUGGACUGGCUGGUUCCGCCCGAGGUUCGCGACUUUAUUCUCGCAAUGGAGCCGUAUAAGGGGUGA